CGGGAACCGGAAGGUGUGGGAAAUAUACUUUUUACGAUUUCUGCACAUCGGUCCAGUGCGAUAUUCAGUCCGCAUCAAGAACCAUGCAGAUCACAAGUGUAAUAUCGGCAUUGCUGCAGACGGCGGUAGCCGUGUUGAUGAUGUCGCAAAGCGGUACCGAAGCGGUUCCGGCCGAAGGGCUCACGCCUUUCGGUUUCCUCAUGGCCAGGGCUUAUGGACAACCGGCCGUACAUCCGGUCAUGCGGAAUAUAGUGUUCAAGCCCAGUGACGGGGCCAAAUUUCGGGAGGCGUUCGAAAAAAAACAUGGACCCCGCGGACGGGACCUGAUCGACAGCCUGGGCCGGGGUUCGUACAAAACGGGUGAGGCGACGGCGUCGAACCGAUUUCCGAACGUCGAGGACAUUGCGAUUGCAGGCGAAGCUUCCAGUAAAUCUUUAGUAGUCGUAAAUCCUUCAGAAGCUCUACGUUUGAAACAAUGACU